GCUCAGAAAAUGUCGCUCUAUGAGGAAGAGAAUGAGACUGUUGUUAAAGAAAAGGAAAAGGAAGAUUCUUCACAAAAUAUAAUGAGCAAUAAAAUGAAUUUGAGCUUUUUAAAAUCACAAUUGGAAGCCAAAAAGGCUUUGCUUCAAAAAUCUGCUGCUGCACAAAAUCAGAAGAAUUUACAAUCUCAACAACAACCUCCUUCCACCCCAACAAUUUCAUCAACUCCAAUAAUUGAACAACAAUCAACUUUACCAGAACAGAAACCGUUGAUUAAUUUAAAACCACAACAAAAGAGUACAUUUAAAUUAAAAACACACAAAGCUUUCCCUCUUCCGCUUGAUUCGUCUGGAGCUUUUUCAAUUAUUCCAAAAGCGUUUAAGGAGGACAAGGUUUUUCUUUUUGGUGAAAUAAUGAUAGAUGAUGAAUAUAAUCCAACAGCCCCAACAGAUUAUUCUAGUUUUAAACAAAAAAGAGAACAGCAACGCUUAAAAGAAAAAAUAGCAAAAGAAAUUGCUGAUAGAAUUGCUAGAGAAGCUUCUGAAGAGGAAGAAAAAAGGAAGAGAGGGGCGGCUAUUGCUCCACCAACUUCUUUUAUGGUUAAAGAGGAACCACAGCAACAACCCCAACCUCAACAACCACAAAUUGAUCAUCAUCAUGAAAACAACGAAAAAUUGGAAAAACAUUUUGGAAAAGGUGUUUCUAGAGGUUUGGGUGUAGCUGCAACAAUUAUGUCAAAAAUGGGUUAUCGAGAAGGUUCUGGACUUGGAGCUAAAGAACAGGGGAUUAGUCCAAAGGACUGGAAGAAAUGUUGGUUUAAUUGUUGGAGAAGAAAAAGCCUCUGCUGUGUUUACAAGUUUGUCUGAAGAAGGGGGGAAUAAUGAUGAAGGGAGAGAGCCUACGCCUUGAAAAUGUUUGUGGAGAAGGUUGUUGUAUAGUUUUUUAAUUUUUAAAAAAUUUUUUGAGAAUUUAUUUUGGCACUUGCUGUAGGGGGCCGCAGUUCUCUGACCAU